AUGGCGGCUUAUGCAGCUCUGGUCUCUCUUAUGCAGAUUUUCCAUCAGAUCAAGCAUCAUCCUUCCCCUCCAAUUUCAAUGGACAAAACACAAGUUGAGUCUAUCACUGAAAUUGUUGUGUUCUUGCAGGAAUUUCUUGAAGGCUAUAAGUCUCCUUUUGCUGACAGCGAUGAAGCUGAUUCGUUGGAGAUGCGCAUCACUGAUGCUGUUUAUGCGGCUGAAGAUGCCAUCGAAUCUAACAUCAUCGAUCAAAUUCUUCUUGCUGCCUCUGCAGUUAAAAGAGAUCGUUUCUUCCUAGCCUCUCGUGCAAUUGGGCACGAAAUUGAUGGUCUAAAAAUCAGACCAGCAGACUUGUACGAGAGUCUGAUGAAGGUGAUAGAAGAUUUGGGUUUGAUCAAGAAAAAAGUGAUGGAGAUGGUUGCAGUUAAAGAUCAGCUGCAGAGACAAGUCUCAUCUUCUGCUAGUUCCUCAAACAAUUCUUCGUCAUCUUCUCUCUUUAGGUUGAACAGCACAACCAUGGUGGGCUGUGAUGAUCUGAUGCUACAACUCAUGGAUAAGCUUACUGAUGGACAACGCGGUCGCCAAGUCAUCACAAUCGUAGGCAUGGGAGGAAUUGGUAAGACUACUCUUAGUAUUGAGGCAUGGGAGAAGCUACAAUGCUAUUUUCCUGACAAUAAUAAUGGUAGUCGGAUAAUGGUGACAACUAGGCUAUCAAAUUUGGGAUCUCAAUUGGAUAACUAUGAUGGCCUUAAAAUGAAAUUUCUGGAUGAGGGAAGUAGUUGGAAUUUGUUUUGUAAAAUCGAGGGGAAAAGUUGUCCUUCUGGAUUAGAGAAAAUUGGAAAAAAUAUUGUGUACAGUUGCAGAGGACUUCCCUUAUCAAUUGUUGUGAUGGGAGGUCUUUUGGGAAAGCAGGAACAAACAAAAAAAUGUUGGGAAUCUAUUAAAGGAAAUAUAAAUUCACUCGUGAAUUUGGAGGAUGAUAACCGUUGCUUAAAAAUAUUGAAAUUGAGCUGCAACCAUUUGCCGGUUUAUCUUAAGCUGUGUUUUCUGUAUAUGGGAGCGUAUGAGGAGGAUUAUAGAAUUCGAAUAUCAAGAAUCAUCAAGCUAUGGGUUUCUGAGGGAUUUCUAAAACCAACAAGGGGCAAAAGUUUGGAAACAAUUGCAAAAGAUUACUUAGAUGAACUAGUUGAGAGAAAUCUAAUUCUUGUUCACGAUUUGGGGAAAACUGGAAACAUGAAGAGCUUGAAAAUGCAUGAUUUAUUGAGAGACCUUUGCUUGAGAGAAGCUGAAAAGGAGAGGUUUUAUCAUGUGGUAGGAAAACAUAGACCUCAAGGCAUCUGUAGCCAACGCCGUGUAAUUAUUUCGAGAAGCGCUUCAGAAGAGAUAGUAGUUCAUGCCAUGAAAUCUUCACCACAUGCCCGUUCCUAUAUAAGUGAUCAUCAAAGAGUUCAACUGUUCCCUAAUUUAAAAUUAUUGAGGAUAUUGAAAGCAGCUCCCAUUAUAGAACAUAAGUAUUCCCCAGCAAAGAUGUUAAAUUUGCGGCUUCUUGAUGUUAUUCAUCUUCCUUCUUCUAUCAAUCUCAUGUGGAGUCUACAGACAUUAAUUGUUCCUCAUUCUAAUGAAGUAGUUGAUAUUUGGAACAUGCCUCAACUUAGGCAUGUUUGUUUUUGGAUACUUGGAGGGUUGCAUCUCCCAGAUCCUCCAAGUGACAACAUUGUCAUCAUGGAGAAUCUACAAACCCUCAAAGGAGUAAUGAACUUCAAAUGUGAUGAGACAAUGGUCAGUAGAAUCCCCAAUAUCAAGAAAUUGGGACUCAUUUAUGACAGAGUUCAGUCUUGUGCUCAUGACUAUUGUGUCCACAAUAUCGAACGUCUGCAAAAGCUGGAAUCUCUUAGAUGCAAUGGUGUCCAAGUGUUGGAAUGCUGGAUGAUCGAGAGCUCCUCCCACUUCCCAUGCCUCGAGCACCUUCAUCUUAUGUACUUACAAGAUUUGAAGGAUAUCCCUGCAGAACUUGGAGAAAUUCCGACACUAAAAUAUGUGAAUUUGGAUGAGUGCAACGAGUCAGUGGUGAAGAGUGCGAAGAGAAUGGUAGAGGAACAAGAGGAAUUGCAAGGAGAAGAACAACUAUCCUUUAAAGUUACAGUUAGGCUCUUGGAGGAUAACAAAGAGCUGCAGAGCUUGGCAAAUCCGAACUUUAAAGUUAUUGCUCCUAAAAAGUAG